AUGGAUAUUGACUAUAUGAUGAAUUCCACUCAACACGCCGGUGGAUUGGACAGGUUAGCAGAAUCUCAAUACACUGGCUCGACUUACCCGGACUUUACGUCCUCAGGGUACGAUGUAAACGUCAGGUUGGAACCCACCAAGUAUUUUAAGGGUGAGCACGAGGGAUUUAGCGAGGAGGAUACCUGGAAGGUCAUAGGUUCAUUUUUUAACGAACACGGAUUAGUGCAUCAACAAAUAGAAAGUUUUAACGAUUUUAUAACGUAUCGUAUGCAAGAGAUUAUAGAUUCACACCCAGCGAUAGAAAUAACUCCACAACCAAAUUACCGCCCGGAAGAGGAGGAGGAAAACAGUGUACUAUAUAGAUUAAAGUUCGGCCAGCUCUCGCUGAAUAAGCCCUCAGUGGAGGAAAAGGACGGAGUUUUCAAGCACAUAUGGCCGCAAGAAGCAAGGCUGAGGAACCUGACCUACGCAUCCCAAGUGUACAUAGACAUAGAGCAGCAGACGUUCCUAAACGAAGAAGGAAACCUGGUGCAAACGGACUCGACAGUGUACCCGAGAGUGCCGCUGUGCAGAAUACCGAUGAUGCUGAAGUCGGCCUAUUGUUGGACCAAGGGACUCACUGAACACGAUUUGUCGGACAUAGGAGAGUGCGUGUUUGACCAGGGAGGGUACUUCGUGGUCAACGGAGGAGAGAGAGUGCUGAUAGCGCAGGAAAGGAUGGCAAACAACUUCGUCUACGUAUUUAAUAAAAAAAAUCAAAAGUACUCGGCAGUAGCACAGCUGAGAUCGCAGCCGGACUUUUCGCAAGGAGUGACCUCGUUCUCAAUCAUGAUACUGAACUCACAACUGGCAAAAAAUAAGAUGCUGGCAGCACUGCCGUACGUGAAGGGAGACGUCCCAGUGCCGAUAUUGUUCAGAGCACUGGGCUGUAUUUCGGACAGAGACAUACUGCAGAGAAUAGUGUACGACUUCUCGGACACGCAAAUGUUGUCGCUAAUGAGGUCGACACUGGAGGAAUGUUCAGAGUACACAUCGCAAGAACAAUGCCUAGACUAUAUAGGUAAAAGAGGGCCCACAGUAGGAGCGCCGCUGGAAGCACGCAUACAAUACGCGAAGGACCUGCUGAGAAGGCACUUCCUGCCACACGUGGGAACAGAAGUAGGCUCGGAGUCAAAAAAGUGUUUCUACGUGGGAUACAUGAUACACAGACUGCUCCUAAACCAACUAGGGAGAAUAAACGAGGAUGACAGGGAGCAUUUUGGAAAAAAGAGGUUGGAUUUGGCAGGAGCACUGAUGGCAAGUAGCUUCGGAGCACUCUUUAGAAAGCUGGCGAAGGACGUGAAGAAGCUGCUGCAAAACCAAAUAGACUCAGGAAGGUCGUUUGACGUGGCAGGAGCAAUAAAGUCGUGCUCACAGAUAACACAAGGGUUACAGUACCAGUUGCUGACAGGAAACUGGGGAAGAGACAAGGAAGGAAACGUAGUGAGGACGGGAGUAUCGCAAGUGCUCAACAGAUUGACGUUCGCGUCGUACCUGUCGCACCUGAGGAGGCUGAACACGCCACUAGGAAGAGAAGGGAAAAUGGCAAAGCCAAGGCAGCUGCACAACACGCACUGGGGAAUGAUAUGCCCAGCAGAGACGCCGGAAGGACAAGCAGUGGGCCUGGUGAAAAACCUGGCGCUCAUGUGCUACAUCAGCGUGGGAAGCAUGACGAGCACGAUCCUGGACUUCCUGCUCGAGUUCGGAAUGGACUCGCUGGACGAGAUCAGCCCAGUGCUGAUAAAGGACAGAGUUAAGAUAUUUCUGAACGGAACGUGGAUAGGAGUCUUCAACCAGCCGGACGCACUGGUAAACCUGCUGCUGGAGCUGAGACGCAAGGGAAACAUAAGCAGCGAGACUUCGAUCGUGAGGGACAUACUGUCGAACGAGAUAAAGAUAUUCACGGACUCAGGUCGCUCGAUGAGACCACUGUACAUCGUGGAGAACAACAGACUGCUGAUAACGAAGAGGCACGCUCUGAUGAUAGAAAAUAAUCAGCUCAACUGGUCAGGGCUACUUGAAAGUGGAGUGGUGGAGUACAUAGACUGCGAAGAGGAGGAGAUAUGCAUGAUAGCAAUGUUCCCAGACGACCUGAUCAACAACAACAACUACUGCAAUAGCUACACGCACUGCGAAAUACACCCGAGCAUGAUACUGGGAGUGUGUGCCUCAAUCAUACCCUUCCCGGACCAGAACCAGAGCCCAAGGAACACGUAUCAGUCGGCAAUGGGAAAGCAGGCGAUGGGAGUGUACAGCACAAACUAUAACCUGAGAAUGGACACGCUGAGCCACGUGCUAUACUACCCGCAGAAGCCGCUGGUGUGCACGAGGUCAAUGGAGUUCCUGAGGUUCAGAGAGCUGCCAGCAGGAAUCAACUCGAUAGUGGCAAUUAUGUGCUACACAGGAUACAACCAAGAGGAUUCACUGAUCAUGAACCAGUCGUCAAUUGACAGAGGACUGUUUAGAUCAGUGUUCAACAGAACGUACUCGUCAGAGGAGAAGUACCUGGGAAGCACAGUGAUAGAGUCGUUUACGAAGCCGACGGCGACAAGUAACUUUUUGAACCUGAAGAGAGGAGAUUACUCGAAGCUGGACAACGAUGGGCUGAUAGAGCCAGGAAGCAGAUCGGACCCGAACAACCCGAACUACCCAGCAGAAAUGAACCUGAGAAUGGACUGCAGCUGCUGCCUGAGACCGAACGAAAACGGAGUGGUGGACAACGUGUUGCUAACAGUUAACAACAAGGGCUGCAAGUUCACAAAGGUGAAGGUGAGGAGCGUGAGAGUGCCACAAAUAGGAGACAAGUUCGCAAGCAGGCACGGACAGAAGGGAACGAUAGGAAUGACGUUCAGAAUGGAAGACCUGCCGUUUACAUGUGAAGGAAUAGUGCCGGACAUCAUCAUGAACCCGCACGCAGUGCCCUCGAGAAUGACAAUAGGGCACCUAAUAGAGUGCCUGCUGGGAAAAGUGGGAGCGCUGGUGGGAAUGGAGGGUGACGCGACGCCGUUCAGUAAAAUGACGCUGGAACAGAUAUCGAGCAGACUGUUCAAGUGCCACUACUCGAAGUACGGAAACGAGGCGUUCCACAACGGGUUCACAGGAAACCUCAUGGCAAGUAAAAUAUUCGUAGGACCAACGUACUACCAGAGGCUGAAGCACAUGGUGGAGGACAAAAUACACGCGAGAGCAAGAGGACCGGUGACGAUGCUGACGAGGCAGCCGACGGAAGGAAGGUCGCGAGACGGAGGACUGAGGUUCGGAGAAAUGGAGCGCGACUGCAUGAUCUCGCACGGCGCGGCGAAGAUGCUGAAGGAGAGACUCUUCGACCAGUCUGACGCGUACAGAGUGCACGUGUGCAACCUCUGCGGACUCCUCUCGAUAGCGAACCUGAACAACAGCUCCUUCCAGUGCACGGCCUGCGACAACAAGACGCAGAUUUCGCAGGUGACGAUCCCGUACGCCUGUAAGCUCCUGCUGCAGGAGCUAAUGGCAAUGGCAAUAUACCCGAAGCUGGUGCUGACGGAAGCGUAA